AUGGAGAAGCUGAACACUGAAGAUGGACAGCUUUUCAUAAAAAACCUCGCAAGCUUCGUACGCACCCACGAAAAAGCUCUCGCCAAUGCACUGCAGCUGAGACGCCAAUCGACCAAAAAUGUACAAUCCUCCCAGUCCGGCUUGUCUUCAAGCUCGGCCUCGUCUACCCUGGCGGCUGCCUUGUCCUUUGGGGCAUUGCGGUUUGCCUCUCAAAACAUCAAGCCCGCCAAACUCACCCUCACCCCCCAUCAUCUCUUCUAUCUCCUUUCAUGCUUUGAAGAUCUUUCCAUCGCAGUCGGACCUAUGAAUGUUAGACUGGAGAACAUUCAAACAGACGUGUCACAGUCGUAUGUCUCGUUUCUGAACAAACCCCAACGGUCCAAAGGCGACAGAGAGUCUAUCCACUCUGUGUCCAGUGUCCGUAGUGUCAUGUCUGGGAUGAGUGCUCUCUGGUCUUCCAUCGGUCUGGGAUCCAAGGAUUCUGCGUCCAAGUCGGAGAAAGCCAAAGCCGCUCUAGAUGGCGAUCUCAAAUACCUGUACUCUGCUUUUACCAAGAUACCCUGUCUGCGUUUAGCCCCCGAUCAUCGCGCCCGUUUAAUACGCGGGUACGAGGAGUUUCCCUUCGACACUGCUGUUCCUCUCCACUCAUUCAAAAACUUGAGCGUAUUAGAGAUCAUUGAUAUAGACUAUCGCUCAUUCUUCGGCUGGGACCGAUUGUCUGAGCAGUUGCGGACACUGACCAUCAAGAGGGCGAAUCUCGAGGAUGUGGCAGAUAUACUGACCAGAAUUGUGCUGGACGACAUCGAUAAGCGUCGGCGCCGAUCCUCGAAAAAUCAGCACUCGCCAGUUCUCGGGUGGAAUGGGACCGCCAACCCUCAACCCGUUCACAAAGCCAACUCGGCUGGCUCUCUUUCCGCUCCCGGUUCCCCAAUCGCCGACACGGCAUUUGGAACAAGCACGAGUCCCAAGGCUGUCUCCAUGAUGAGGACUGGGUCUGAAGGCACCGCCCAGAGUCGCGCCCGGAAUGGAAGCCUCUCGCCCUCGCGCCCUGGCAGUUCGAAACAUUCGAGCUAUCGUCAUAGUCGCGGAAAUCCCUCGCGAAUCAGGCGGACGGGAUCCGGUAGCUCGAACUCCAGUGAGAACUCUGUUUGUCGAAACGGGAGCCCGUCGAAUCUAGCGGCCGGUAUUCUUCCACCCUCGAAAUGGAGAUUUCUGCGCCAUCUCGGUCUCCCUGACAAUUCUCUCACCUCCAUAACUGCGGCUAGCCUGGCACCGGUUGCCAACAGCCUGUAUUCGCUCGACUUGUCGGCGAAUCUCUUCACAGAAGUUCCUGACAGCCUGUCGUCUCUCGUGGCCUUAAGGGCUCUCAAUCUCUCCCAUUGCAUGAUCGAUUCUCUCCAUUCCCUGUCUCGUAACCCACUUCCUGCUAUCACGGCUUUGAAUCUCCGCGGCAACCGCUUGCGUUCGCUUGCCGGUAUUGAGCGUCUUCCUUCUCUUGAGCGAUUGGAUCUCAGAGACAACAAUCUCUUUGACCCCACGGAAAUUGCCAGGCUCACCAAUCUCCCUGAGAUACGGGAGAUCUGGGUGUCUGGUAAUCCCUUUGUCAAGACGCACUCCAACUACCGGGUUGUGAUCUUCAAUCUGUUCCGCCGUACACCAGGUUACUCCGAAGACAUCAUUAUUGAUGGGUCUGGUCCAGGGUAUUCUGAAAGAAAGCAGUUGGUCGAACGCGCCGCUGAACCCGAAAGCGCGCCCGUGAUACGGUCAGCUGCAGCGGACCAUUCCGCCGUUGCUAUCGUCAGCAAGCCAUCAAAUGGCACUCAUGGAGUUUCUGUUCCAAACCCUUUCCAGGAUCAUGUAUCAGAGAAUGACCCUACAGUUGGAUCCAGUCGACGAAAGCAGGGGCCGCGACGGAGAAUUAUUGAUGCCUCAUUGGAUAAGUCCAGCGGUGGUAUUGGCAGCGAUUCAGGUGCGGUGGUGCCUUCUGUUUCUUCCACCCAGCAUGCUCAAUUACCCGUUGAUCUGUUUGUCACGACGCCUUCCGACGGUCAAUGGAAAUCUGAUGGUGGACCCCAGGCCGCAAUUUCCGCCAAACCUCUCCCUGAUCCGAAAGUCGACGAUCGCUCCGCACUGCAGGUCGAGGCAGCCCCCGCCGUGCAGAGCACCCCUCGAAAUACCGACUGGAAAGCCGAUGAAGAGUUCUACAUGCAGAAACUGGAAGCCCUCAAACAGCAGCUCGGUAGCAGUUGGCUCACACUGCUUGAAGACAAUGUGUGGGACAAGAAUAUGGGCAUGCCUCGCACUGGAACGAGUAUUGGCGAACCGCACAUGAUGACAACUGGCUCAUUUCCGCGAGCGACAAGUCAACCUAUCCUCAGUGGUGGACACCCUUAA